GCAGAUAUAUGUGUGUCCUACAGGGGGCGACAGAACGAACUGCAGGGCAUUAUGGGGCGGAGAUGGCAUUCUAGUACACACACAGACGACGGCAAAGCAAGUCUAGUACGUAAGUCUAGGACCUGUAACAUACCUAGUAGCGGACAAAGAUAUCGAUAAACGACACGCAAACAAUCAAAGGUGUCCUGCAGACGGGAAUCGUCUCUUGGAUUUUGGUGUCAUGGCUCAAAAUGAUUUAAUGAGCAACGCGGAGGACGUGGCGGAUCAGUUCCUUCGAGUGACGAAGCAGUACCUGCCCCACAUAGCACGUCUCUGUCUGAUCAGCACGUUCCUGGAAGAUGGCAUUCGGAUGUGGUUCCAGUGGAGUGAGCAGAAAGAAUAUAUUGAGACAACGUGGGGCUGUGGGUUCUUUCUUGCCACGCUGUUUGUCUUAAUCAACUUACUCGGACAGCUGGGUGGUUGUAUACUGAUCCUGAGCAGGAAUUUUGUUCAGUAUGCCUGCUUUGGUUUAUUUGGGAUCAUCGCCUUACAGACUGUUGCCUAUAGCAUUCUUUGGGACCCAAAGUUUUUGAUGAGGAAUUUGGCUCUGGGUGGAGGUCUGCUGCUGCUCCUUGCUGAGUCCCGCUCUGAGGGCAGGAGUAUGUUUGCUGGUGUUCCCACUAUGAGAGAGAGCUCUCCUAAACAGUACAUGCAGCUCGGUGGCAGAGUCCUGCUGGUGCUUAUGUUUAUGACGCUGCUCCACUUUGAUACCAGCUUCCUCUCGAUUUUGCAGAACCUGGUGGGUACAGCUCUCAUUGUCUUGGUGGCUAUUGGUUUCAAGACUAAACUAGCGGCCCUCACCCUGGUUAUCUGGCUGCUGGCCAUCAACGUGUACUUCAAUGCUUUCUGGACCAUACCAGCCUACAAACCCAUGCAUGACUUCCUCAAGUACGACUUCUUCCAGACCACAUCAGUGAUCGGUGGCCUUUUGCUGAUAGUAGCAUUAGGUCCAGGUGGAGUGUCCAUGGAUGAGAAGAAGAAGGAUUGGUGAGACGGGACUGAACUCAAACGGCUCACUCGCUCACUCUGUAGUUUGCCCUUUGGCAAUUUUUUUCUGUGCAGUUAUCACACAAAGCAGGUACACUACUUAGAGAGGAAGGAGCCAAUUGAGAAGUGGCCUCACAAAUACCCCAGGACCAACAGAAUGACCUGCUCUCCACAUAUCAUGCACUGUCUAUGUUUUCAUCUUGCGUGCUUACUGAAUUGUUUCUACUAGCACUUUUAGACAUAUUAGUUUCAUAUUUAUUUUCUAAGGUUCAGGUCAGAUUCUGUUAUUUGAGAACCCCCUUGAAAAUCUGGAACAUCCAUGUUAUAAAAGCUGCGACCACGUUGAACGAAUAACAAAUGCAUCUCCUUUGCCAUUUUCUCUGCCUUUUUAUUUCGGUGCCAAUUGCAAGUCAGAGUACCAAAGACGCAUCCUCCCAAGAUAUACAUAGUUUUGCCUUUGAGUUCAUUUAAGCCAUUUUGGUUUAUCACAAAAUGAAUUUGAAGUAAAAUGGAAAGUUGA